UUCCGAUUAAAAUUAUAGCAAUGAGAUACACUAUAGCUAGCUUCCUCCUUCUUUCACUGAUAGCUUGCAGUGUCAAUGCAAGAAAAGAUGGAGGGGGAAUACUGGCAAGGCGUUGCGAAGGAUCAGAAAGCGGAAGGAAAUGGCUGCCACACAGUGGGUGAGACAUCAAUCUUCCAUGUCAAACCUAAGUAUGAGGAAUCUUUUGCAAAUGACUUUAAGAGAAGGGUUCAUACUAGUACUCAUGUCAGCCAUUUAGCUUUUGUGAGAGAGUUUGAGCCUAGACCUAGUGCUACAUCUUAUGUUGAUCGUCUCAAGCCUCAUGAUGAUAAAUCUUUUGUGAGAGAUUUUGAACCUAGGCCUAGUGCUACGUCUUAUGUUGGUAAUCUCAAGCCAAAAAAUGAGAAAUCGUUUGUGAGAGAUUUUGAGCCUAAGCCUACCGCUACAUCUUAUGUUGGCAAUGUAAAGCUUAGAGAUGAGAAAUCAAAUGCUAACAAUUUUGAGCCAAGACCUAAUGUUUCAGCAUACACUGAUGACGUUAGCUCCAAGAAGGAGAAAUCAAAUGCUAAUGACUUUGAGCCAAGACCUAACGUUUCAGCAUAUACUGAUGAUGUUAGUUCAAAGAAGGAGAAAUCUUAUGGGGAAGACUUUGAGCCAAGGCCUAAUGUUUCAGCAUAUACCGAUGAUGUUAGUUCAAAGAAGGAGAAAUCUUAUGGGGAAGAAGACUUUGAACCAAGACCUAAUGUUUCAGCAUAUACUGAUGAUGUUAGUUCAAAGAAAGAGAAAUCAUACGGGGGAGACCAAUCUAGCUUUAAAACAAUUCACCUUGUUUACGUAAGUAUUUUCUUCUUUAUUAAUGAUGCAAAAGUAUGAGAUUGCUACCUACUAGAGUAUCUCAACUGGGGAUAGGGAUGCUAUGUAAACCUAAAUCAUAAACACGUUGGCCUAAUGUCACAGAAAUAUAAAUAUAUACAUUUAAUACAGUCAUUUUGACAAAGUUAUAACGAUAGAUAAUUAGGAGAAAAAAUCUACAAACAUCAUACACCCACAUCUCAUCAAGCCUAAAGUAUAUGAUGUGAGUUCUAAGGAGAAAUCCAAUAGUGGAGACUUUGAAGUUUGAACCAAGACCUAAUAUUUCAGCAUACAGUGAUGAGUGAUAGUGAAUCUUCAGUAUGAAGUUUAGUUGUAUUGUG